CCCGCGCUUUCUAGAGCUCAGCAGGAGCUUCUGCCUGAACCGGUGAAAGAACAAGCAGAUGAAUGACCCUCCCGCCGGGAUGGGGACCCGGGAAGGAGCUGCGAAUCCCACGGACUCCCCCCACAACCUGGGGCGCGCCAGAUCCUUUCCGCGCGAGAUGGGGCGCGGGGCUCCCCUGGCUCCCGGCGCCCCGAACCCCACGGUGGCGGGGGCCAGCGGAAGCCGGGGCAGCGCCCACCAAGACCGGUCGGCAGGUCGGACCCUCGGACCACCGGCCAGAGAGAAUUUGGACUGUGAGCCCUGGGUCAGAGAAAAAGUGCUCUUUCUUCUGCACCCAGAGAGGUGGUUGGGGACUCAAGGGAACCAUGCAAGGGAAGAGGUGGCCGGUGGGGAGGACCUCCCCCAGGCGCGCGGAGAUGACCACGACCAGAAACCCCACUGCGCUUCUCAACUCUUCCACCGAGAAAAGCUUAUCUCUGGCAGGCGUGUAGCCGCUCGCUCUGGAGCCCCGCCGCGGGACCCCGCAGCCCCCCCCAAAUCCGUGCUCGUGCGGGUCGUGGAUUAUGAGGUGACACAAGAGGUGCUGAGGACCGCGUGGACGAAAGGUCGCAUGACCACGAGGACCGAGGAGCACUGCAUGACCGCGGUCACUUUUCGCACCAAUAGGGAGUGAGACAGCCUGUGGGGCGCCGGGACCCCCGCUGAAGCCCUGGCUGUCCCGGCACGGAGGCACCCGGCGACGGCGCCGUGGAGAGGAUCGCUCCACCGUCCCCAAGGACCUGAUUCCCCAAGGAAAUUAAACAGGAAAGAGGAGCCCGAGGAGUGUUCCGGUCUGGUGUGUGAACAAUAAUCCUGAACAGAAAAUGCUGUUCUGGGGACACCAAACUACAAUGAACCGACCCGAAGAACUUUUUAAGAGGCUGGCGCUACGCUUCAGGGAGGCAGAAGACACCCAGUACAGCUGGGUUUAAAUACUGUUUUCCUGAUCCAAGCAGAAUCCCAUAGUGUGAGGAGCCUUAGGAGUCUUUUCCCAUUCACAAGUGUCCUGGGAGUGCGUCCAAAGUGAAACUUGGUUAUCUUCAAUACUAAGAAAUCUCCAAGAAUGGCUGGACCUUGGAUCUUUGACCUUACCUUUACCACCCUGAAAAAUAUGAUCUUCUAGGAUUGUAUUAGAUGGACGAAUGACAUCAAAGACUUCCAGAAGCCACCUGACCACUCGAGUGACCAUAAGACAAAUGUCACAGAGGCAGGUAACCACCACGGGUCAGGCAAGUGCUAACCUCUCUUAAAACCCUUUGUUCACAACCUUUAUCACCUUUGAGAUGCAGUACAUUUGAUUUGCUGCUCUUAUUCUUGUCGGACAUUACCAGUGCUUGGUGAUAAAACUCAAUGUGGCUCUUUGCUUUAAAAAAAGAAAGAAAGAAAGAGCUUUCUAUUAAAAGAUAAAGUUAUAGUCACUGCAGAAAAAUUUGGGAAUGGAUUAUUUUGUGAGGAAAAAUAAGAGUAGAAUAAAAGAAACCAAAAACUCAUCCAUGACCCUAAAUUUUUUUUAACAUUUGAUGUUUCCAGUAUGAUUUUAUUUU